UAGCCAAUCCAAUCCAAAUCGUCGUGCAAAAAUGGCUGGUUCUCGGGCUGCUGCAAAAUUUGGUAGCCACUUGAAGGAACUACGGUUGCAUCUCUGUCAGAAGUCUGCUGAAAGUGCUGGCGUUAGGGAAUUUGUAAUGAAGCACUACCGCAGCGUAAAGAACACCAACCCAGCACUGCCAAUCCUGAUACGAGAAUGCAGCGGAGUACAACCUAAAGUUUACGCCCGAUACGCAUUUGGAAAGGAGAGCCAUGCUUCACUCUCUGGGCUCUCAGCUGAUCAAGUUAUGACCACGAUAGAACAGAUGGCACAGAAGACUGUAUGAGUGGGUCACCAGUUGAUGCUUGUAGACUGUGUUGAAUGGCAUAAACAAUAGUGUCAUACACACUGCCUAAGAGAAGUGCUUUAUUCAUUGAAAAUAAAAAUGUAUGGAAUUCCA